AUGCUUUUUCCUACCUCUUCCUCCGUCGCGAUCGCGACGCUGAUCACAGCUGCUUCGGCUCUACCUGGAUCGAACAUCGUCGAACGAGGAACAGCAGCCAUCCAGGCAUACACAAGCUGGCAACUCCGCCUCUUCAGUGAAGCCCAACCAGUCUGCAACCCCGAAGUAUCAAACGUGAACAUCAGCAUCUGGACUCGCUCCGGACGAUACGGGCGCGAAUGCACGGCCUUUGACCCGACCACUGAUACCGAAGACAGCGUCACGCCGAAGAGUCUUUCUUUCAAGACGGUUGAAGAGGAUGCGAAGGACUUUUGCAUGUUUAGUUCUACUGAUUGUGCGCCUGAGAGCUUCAUUGAUAGUAUCACGAAUGGAUGGGAGGUUUGUUAUCCGUAUGCGGGGUGGGUUGGGUGGAGUGUUGUUGAGGCGGGGACGAGCUGUGUUUGA